CUAGGGUUUCGAGUUGUUGCAAUUAGAUCUUGAAAUUGCAUUGUAGAAUUUAUUAGCAUAGUGGUCUUCACAAAUCACCAUUGAUGCAGCACCUAAUUAGGGCGGGAAGGAAAUUAGAUCUUGAAAUUGCAUUGUAGAAUUUAUUAGCAUAGUGGUCCUCACAAAUCCGCCAUUUCGGACUCCUACUCUAUACCUGUUAGGGCGGGAACCCAAAAUUUUCACCCAAAACUCUCUCUCUCUACUUUGUCCUUCUCUGUUUCUUUCUAAACCUCUCACGAUUUCCGCUCUUCCGCCGCUUGUCGUCUUCUCCAACCGAAUUCUAGGGUUUCUGGUUCUCUGUCAGCAACUGAAAUUUCCCGCCGGGGGUCCUCCGAGAUGAGCCUCCGCCGGGGCUCCAAGGUCUGGGUCGAGGACCGGGAUUUGGCCUGGGUCCCGGCUGAAGUCGCCGACUGGAAGGGGAAGCAGCUCCAGGUCGUCACCGCUUCGGGAAAGAAGGUUUUGGCUUUGCCGGAGAAGCUGUUUCUGAGGGAUGCGGAUGAGGACGAGCAUGGCGGAGUGGUGUAUAACCUUCAGAGGGGAUACGCUCUCAAUGAUAUAUAUACAUAUACAGGGAGCAUUUUGAUUGCGGUUAACCCAUUCACAAAGCUUCCCCAUCUAUACAAUGUCCAUAUGAUGGAGCAGUAUAAGGGAGCUCCAUUUGGUGAGCUAAGCCUCCAUGUUUUUGCCGUGGCUGAUGCGUCUUAUAGAGCAAUGGUGAAUGAUGGACAAAGCCAAUCAAUACUGGUCAGUGGUGAAAGUGGAGCUGGGAAGACUGAAACGACGAAACUGAUUAUGCAGUAUCUUACUUAUGUAGGAGGCCAAGCUGCUGGUGCUGGUGAUGAGAGAACUGUUGAACAACAAGUUCUUGAAUCGAAUCCCCUUUUGGAGGCAUUUGGUAAUGCCAGGACUGUUAGAAAUGACAAUUCAAGUCGUUUUGGCAAGUUUGUUGAGAUCCAGUUUGAUGCAAGUGGUAGAAUAUCUGGAGCUGCAAUUAGAACUUAUCUACUGGAAAGAUCCCGUGUUGUUCAGAUUACAGAUCCUGAAAGGAAUUACCACUGUUUUUACCAGUUGUGCGCAUCUGGAAAGGAUGCAGAGAAGUACAAGUUAGACCACCCAAGCCACUUCCAUUACCUGAAUCAAAGCAAGACUUAUGAACUUGAUGGAGUGAGCAGUGCAGAAGAGUAUACGAAGACAAGAACAGCAAUGGAUAUUGUUGGUAUCAGCCGUGAAGAUCAGGAAGCAAUAUUCCGCACCUUGGCUGCAAUUCUGCAUUUGGGGAACAUUGAAUUUUCUCCUGGGAAAGAGCACGACUCUUCAGUUCUAAAGGAUCAGAAAUCGAACUUUCAUAUGCAGAUGGCUGCUAAACUUUUCAUGUGUGAUGUGGACCUCUUAUUAGCAACACUGUCUACUCGUACAAUCCAAACUCGUGAAGGAAUUAUUGUUAAAGCUCUCGACUGUAGUGGUGCUAUUUCUAGUAGAGAUGCAUUGGCAAAGACUGUUUAUUCUCGGUUGUUUGACUGGCUUGUUGAUAAGAUUAAUACAUCUGUUGGCCAAGACUCGACUUCCCAAAUGCAAAUAGGAGUCUUGGACAUUUAUGGUUUUGAAUGCUUUAAGGACAAUAGUUUUGAGCAAUUUUGCAUUAACUUUGCAAAUGAGAAGCUACAGCAACACUUUAAUGAGCAUGUGUUCAAGAUGGAGCAGGAGGAGUAUAGCAAAGAGGAAAUUGAUUGGAGCUACAUUGACAACCAAGAUGUUCUGGAUUUGAUUGAGAAGCUCACACACGCACACAGAAACUACCACAUUGCUAGAAAAGCUGAAGAAACACUAGAAUUUAGUGAGUCUGAAACGUUGAGGUUGACAUUUAGGGAUGGGAAGUUUUUGUUCAUUCUGUUAAGAUUUUUUUUAUCUGAAAAUGCUCGAGAGUUGAAUGUGACAAAGUAAGCAGAUCAUCAUGUAAACCAGAAACCAAGAAGCUCAAACCCUGAGAAUUCAAUGUAAUCAACCUUAGUUAUGUGACUCAAAAUCUGAGGCAGCCUCUGGACCUUAUUCUGAGGAAGUGCAACAUUAUUGAGGAUUUGCUCAACAUCAAUAUGAGUGACAAAACCAUUCAAACCGUGCCUACUCCUCCCCCAUUGUCAUCAUCGGCGACAUUAUUGCAUCUUCCUCCAUUUCACCAUCAUCUUCUUCCAAAUUAUCAUCAUUGAUUAUCAAGCCUUCAUCAUCGUCAGGCUUUACGUAGCCAAAUGGAGGGUGGAUAUUGUUGGUAAGCAGGUGGCACACCAACUCUUCUCGCACUCGCUCAUCUAGGGCGAAAUUAUUGAGGAUUUGCUCAACACCAAUACAAGUGACAAAAUCAUUUAGAACAUAACCAACGAUUCGAACGAGUACUCCCACUCGUCCCCCAUUGUCAUCAUCAUCGACAUUAUUGCCUCAUUUCCCCCACUUCAUCAUCGACAUCUCUUUCUAAAUCAUCACCAUCAUUGUCAUCAUCGAUUAUCACACCUUCAACAUUAUCAGGCUCAACGCAGCAAGACCAGCUGAACCUCAGCAGCAGCCACAACACUUAGGGUUACAAUGUAAAAGAUCAAAGUCAUAGGAAU